AUGGCUUCUCCAGCUGCUGAACUUUCCUUUAGCUUUUUACUUCUCUUAUCAGCUGCUGAUGCUGCUAAUAAUAUUGACAUCAACAAGAUUCUCGGCGCCUACCCUGGUUUCUCAGACUUCAACAAGUUGCUGACUCAAACCGGCGUUGCUUAUGAGAUCAACCAGCAGCCGAGUUGCACUGUUCUUGUCGUCGACAAUGCUCAUAUGUCCGAGCUUUCAGGCCUAUCGCCGGAUGCAGAGAAGAACACCUUGAGCCUCCAGGUUGUGCUUGAGUAUUACGAUGAAACGAAGCUGAGGAACAUGAAUUUCAAGAGACCACUGCUUCUCACCACGCUUUACCAGCAGAGUGGGAAAGCUCAACACCACCAAGGUUUCUUGAAAAUGAAAACUGAGGGCAGUGGUCAAGUGGCGUUUGGAUCAGCUGCUCCUGGUUCUUACCUUGAUACCACGUUUGUUAAACAAAUUGUUACUGUACCUGAUCGUGUUUCGGAACUACAAGUCAGCGAUAUUAUAAAUGGUACCCGUGCUUCUUCAAAUUCAGCUUCACCAGCUUCCCUUCCUAAAGCUUCUUCUCCCAGGAAGGCACUAACACUACCACUAGCACCAGCAGCAGCAGUUCCUAGUCUUGUCGAGACUCCGGCUCUGUCCCCAAUUACUCCAACCGAGUUGCCAGGUGCUCCUGCUUCUGCUCCUGCUCCUUCUGAUGCAUCUGUUGGUUAUGAGGAUUAUGUUGCAUCCACCAUUCUUACGGUUUCACUUGGGCUUGGUUUCUUCUUACUAUGA